GGGGUGACGGUUGGAAGGGGGGUGGGGCUGACCGAGAGAAUCGCGGGGGGGUUGGGAAAGAGGAAGGCAGCGUCGCUCAAUUCACUUCAUUCUCACCUCCCUCCUCCUCCGUCCGGAACAAUUUUACAAAAAAAAAUCGGCUUUCAUACCGAAGUGGAUUAUUUGCUCACGGCGUUCAAAUGAUUUCCGCGAAGGAACGGUUUCAAACCGUCGGGCCGACGUCCCACAGUUUGCACCGUGCACAGCGACCUGCCUUGGCUGUUUGCAGAGGUCCGCAGCAGCCGCAGGGAUGGCAGAGAGCAGCCGGCUGAGGAGCCCCUCCAGCCGAGGAGGGGGCAGGAGCUCCGAGUCCCUGCACUCGGCGGCGGAGAGCGACAAGGGGGACCGAGGAGAUGGUGCUGGUGAGGGGGUAGCCCUGAAGAAGGAGAUCGGGCUGGUCAGCGCCUGUGGCAUCAUCGUCGGCAACAUCAUCGGCUCGGGCAUCUUCGUCUCACCCAAGGGAGUGAUGGAGAAUGCCGGCUCGGUGGGUCUGGCCCUGAUUGUCUGGAUCAUCACCGGCUUCAUCACCGCCAUCGGCGCCCUGUGCUACGCCGAGCUGGGGGUCACCAUCCCCAAAUCCGGCGGCGACUACUCCUACGUCAAGGACAUCUUCGGCGGCCUGGCCGGGUUCCUGAGGCUGUGGAUCGCUGUCCUGGUUAUUUACCCCACUAACCAGGCUGUCAUCGCCCUGACCUUCUCCAACUACGUGCUGCAGCCCCUGUUCCCCAGCUGCUUCGCCCCGGACCUGGGACUUCGACUCCUCGCUGGGGUGUGUCUCUUGCUGCUGACCUGGGUGAACUGCUCCAGCGUGCGGUGGGCCACCCACGUCCAGGAUGUCUUCACCGCCGGCAAGCUCCUCGCCCUGGGGCUCAUCAUCAUCAUGGGCUUCGUGCAGAUCUGCCGAGGUCACUACUACUGGCUGGAGCCCCAGAACGCCUUCCAGCCGUGGCAGGAGCCUGAGAUUGGCCUGGUGGCCCUGGCUUUCCUCCAGGGCUCCUUUGCCUACGGGGGCUGGAACUUCCUCAACUACGUCACCGAGGAACUGGUUGACCCAUAUAGGAAUCUCCCUCGAGCGAUCUUCAUCUCCAUUCCACUGGUCACGUUUGUCUACGUCUUUGCAAACAUUGCCUACGUGACAGCCAUGUCUCCGAUGGAGCUCUUAGAGAGUAACGCAGUGGCUGUGACGUUUGGUGAGAAGCUGUUGGGAGUCAUGUCCUGGAUCAUGCCCAUCUCCGUGGCGCUGUCUACCUUCGGAGGGGUGAACGGAUCCCUCUUCACCUCCUCACGGUUAUUCUUUGCGGGAGCUCGCGAGGGGCACUUGCCGAGUCUGCUGGCCAUGAUUCACAUUACACGUUGCACUCCUAUACCAGCCCUCCUCUUCACCUGUGCCUCCACCUUGCUGAUGCUGGUGACCAGUGACAUUUACACACUCAUAAACUACGUGGGGUUCAUCAACUACCUGUUCUACGGCGUCACGGUUGCUGGGCAGAUCGUGCUCCGUUGGAAACAGCCUGACAUCCCUCGGCCUAUCAAGGUGAACCUGAUCUUUCCGGUGGUCUACCUGCUGUUCUGGGCCUUCCUACUGAUCUUCAGCCUGUGGUCGGAGCCGGUGGUGUGUGGGAUUGGGCUGGCCAUCAUGCUGACCGGCGUGCCCGUCUACUUCCUGGGGGUGUACUGGAAGAACAAACCCAAGUGUUUCGACGACGUGGUCGACGCCAUCACCUACUUUGGCCAGAAGCUGUGUGUGGUGGUCUACCCCGAGGUGACGCAGGCCAAGAGCGAGCAGGAACUCCAGGAACUCACCUCCGACGUCUGUGAUAACGUCAAGGAGUAGGCCUCGGGAUGAAGAGGGGGGUGGGUUUGGGGGAGCAGUGGGGGAUAUCAGGGCGUGUGACGCUCAGGCUGAGGUGGGUGGUGGGGAUGCUGGGCUGCACGUAGGCCUUGGCUUAGGGCGCGAGCGUCGUCCUUUUUUUUUGUUGUCUCCCCGCCCCACCCCCCCCUUUCUCUUCUUGUCCCUCCAUUGAGGGGCCAGCAGUAGGCAACAGCGUGUCUCAGCGAGAGAGAUCCCCACCUUCCUCUUCUUUCAGGAGGUUAAUGCUUCGUUGGCUGCUUUCGCACUCCCUCCGUGCCCCCAGCUUCCCUCCCUUGAGUGUCCCAGCCGCCAUUUUGUCGAGGGUGGCGACAGCCAUUUUGAGGGAGUGGUGGGCUGGUUUUCGAAGGAGGCGUCGGUUCGGGGUUGGGGGAGAGCUGGUUUCACGCUGUGGCGGCGCCACGAAGGUCUCGCUCCCGCUGUCUUUAUUUUUUUUUUCGGCCUUGAUGAAACAAAUCAAGGGUUUGGAAAAUGGCGACCCCUCCCACCACCGUCCCCUCCUCUCCUCUCAACCCACAACCCACGCCACCAGCGCUCCCCAACCCCUGAGGAGGUAACGCCGCGUCUCUCAGUCUGGGGUGUCUAGUUGACGGUUUGAUUGUUCGUGUUUUUUUUUAUUAUUUGUCGUUUGGAAGAGUUUAUCCUUUCUCGACGUCAACGGCGGCCAUUUGCACAGUGCCAACCCCCCCCCACCGCAGGCGAAUGUUUGUCCUUUCUCUGCCGGGUGUCAGCUUCCCUCUGCUCCCCACCCCGCCAUCACCAGGGUGAGCCCAUCCCUUCACCCCCACCCUCCAUCCAAAGGGACUGAACCCUCCAGGAGAAGGGUGGAGCAGGGGGGUGUCGGAUGGAUUCACUUGAUGCUGACACCUCACCAGGCCCUUGACCACCAGCUCCCCUCCAGGCCGCUCUCUCUCUCUCUGCACGCUCCUACAGUCAGGGCGUCUGGAGUUUGGAAACGACAGGGGGUUGGUGGUGAAGGCUUCACCAAACCGUUUCCCACAGGUCAGCACACUCCGCGCGAGUUAAAGGUUAAACGUCAGCAGAAAAUGAGCUGACAGGGGUAAUCUGACACAUAUUUAAUUGUUAGAUAUAUCUGCAAUAAAGCAGUGACUGCUUGUUUAUCAGAGUAAGAUGGUACUCCAAGGUUACCAAUUAAACUUUGAGAGUUUUAUUAUUAA